UACGUAUACAUUUUGCAUAGAGUUCGCAUAAACCCUCAACGCCGAAAAUUAGAAAGAAAGAAAAAAGUAAGAAAUUCAGUACCAAAUAAGACACAUUUAGGGUUUAGAAACUGCAGCUUUUCGUUUGCAAAGGCAGCAAAUUCUUCCUCCCGAAAAGAUGUCAAGUCAUGAAAUUGAUGGGAACUCCCUUUCUCCAUCUCAUGCUGACUCCCCAGAAUCAGCAGGCGUGCAUCAGGAAGAUCUCAAAGGUUCAUCAAGUGCAGGCUCCAAGCAUGGAUCUCGUGACCAUAUGAAAGAUAGAGAUAGAGAAUCCUCCAAAAGCAGGGACAAGGAGAGAGAAAGAGGUAGAGACAAAGACCGCGACAGGGACAGAGACAAGGACCGCGAGCGAGACAGGGACAGGGACAGGGACAGAGAUAGAGAAAGAGAUAGGGAUAAAGAUAGGGAAAGGGAUCGAGACAAGGAUCGUGGUGACCGUCAUCACCGAGACCGCCACAGGGAGCGUAGUGAGAGAAGGGAGAGGACCAGGGAUAGGGAUGAUGAUGAUGAUGACUAUUAUAGAAGCCGAGACUCUGACAGGCGGCGAGACCGCGACAGAGAUAGAGAGGACAGGCACAGGCACAGAUCUAGAUCUCGCUCUAGACCUAAAUCCGAGCGCAGAUCAAGGUCUCGAUCUCGUUCACGCUCCAAAAGCAAAAGGAUGAGUGGUUUUGACAUGGCACCUCCUGCUGCAUUGCUUCCCAAUGCUGCCGCUGCUGUUGCAGGUCAGCUGCCUGGGACCACCCCCACCAUUCCUGGAAUGUUCCCCAAUAUGUUACCCUUGGCGGCUGGACAGUUCGGAGCACUACCCGUAAUGCCCGUUCAGGCAAUGACGCAGCAGGCUACAAGACAUGCUCGGCGGGUUUAUGUUGGUGGUCUGCCCCCCACUGCUAAUGAACAGUCUGUAGCAACUUUCUUCAGUCAUGUUAUGUCAGCAAUAGGAGGGAACACUGCCGGUCCAGGAGAUGCGGUGGUGAAUGUUUAUAUUAACCAUGAGAAGAAAUUUGCUUUUGUGGAGAUGAGAUCUGUUGAAGAGGCUAGCAAUGCAAUGGCUUUAGAUGGCAUUAUAUUUGAGGGUGCACCAGUCAAAGUGAGAAGACCCAGCGAUUAUAACCCUUCACUGGCUGCCACUCUCGGCCCUAGUCAACCCAAUCCCAAUCUGAAUCUUGCAGCUGUUGGAUUGACUCCAGGAUCUGCUGGUGGGCUUGAAGGUCCCGACCGCAUAUUUGUUGGUGGAUUACCAUAUUAUUUCACAGAAUCACAGAUCAGGGAACUGCUGGAGUCCUUUGGGCCGCUUCGGGGCUUUGAUCUGGUUAAAGACAGAGAAACUGGGAACUCCAAAGGCUAUGCAUUCUGUGUUUACCAGGAUUUAUCAGUUACAGAUAUUGCUUGUGCAGCUCUUAAUGGGAUAAAGAUGGGUGAUAAAACACUUACUGUAAGACGUGCUAACCAGGGUGCAUCGCAACCUAAACCUGAGCAAGAGAGCGUGCUAUUGCAUGCUCAACAACAAAUAGCAUUGCAGAGGCUCAUGUUAGCACCUAAUAUGACACCAGCUACGAAAGUCGUGUGCUUAACGCAAGUGGUUACUGCAGAAGAGCUCAAGGAUGACGACGACUAUGAAGAUAUAGUAGAAGACAUGAGAACUGAAUGUGGAAAAUUUGGUACUCUGGUCAACGUGAUCAUUCCUCGCCCACUUCCCAGUGGUGAAAUGCCACCAGGUGUAGGAAAGGUCUUCUUGGAGUAUGCUGACACCGAGAGUGCUACGAAAGCUCGACAAGGGUUGAACGGUAGAAAAUUUGGGGGAAAUGAAGUAGUGGCAGUCUUCUACCCGGAGAACAAGUUUUCUGAGGGAGAUUAUAGUGGCUAGUCCAGACUAGUUCUAGUAGUACCUUUCUUGUUGGAGGUUUUAUCUUUCAAUUACUGUUUGUGGCUUUAUCUAUUUCGUGCUGGAUUUUGUUGGAAGACCUUUUCGUGGAGAGAGCGAUUUAAUCUUUGGUUGGUGCAUUGCAACCUUGAAAAACUGUAAUGGAUCUCUGUUAUAUGAUAGAAUGAUUUGCUUAAA